AUGUGCAGGUGUUCGAAGACAUGCUCCAAGGUGUCCGUGUGCCUGGGCUUGUUGCUGGGCGUCGCAGGCAUCGCCUUGUUGGCCGCGGGCGCGCUUUCCCUGGCCAACAUCAGCAUCAAUGUGCCCGGUCAAAACUUGGAUGGCAUAGAGGUUAGUGCCUCCAUCGACGGAGCGAUGACGGGAACCCUUAUGGCGCCCAGCGACCUCAACUGUCCCUACACGAUCUUCAUCGAGAAGGCGGCCUCUUGCCCCACCUUCUCCUCGACGGCAGUGAUUACCACAGGAGCGACCUUGGACACCAGCCUGUGCGGCAGCGAGGAGCUUCCGGACGAGGGCCCGCAGCGUGCGCCCGCCAGGCGCGGCCUGCAGGACCUCGACUGGACCAUCGGCGCAUCUGAGACCAUGAUCACCGACCUCAAGCUGGCUGCCACGGUGACCUUCGACACAGACACCGACGUCACUCUGACGAGCGGGGAGGACAUGUGGUCCAUGCAGCUGUGCGACGUCUUCAGCGAAGUCUUCUCGGUUGCCGGAACAGCCAUUGCCGCUAUCAUGGUGGCUUGCGGCGUGGUUCUCCUCCUUGCCGGCCUCAUCACCUUCUUCAUCGGCCUUUGCUGCUGCUGUUGCUGCGCUGCCAAAGCCGAGGGCUAA